AUGGCCCACGAUACCGUCUACUACUCGCGCCCGCGCACGUAUGGAAAGGCGGCGCUUGGUUGUGUCGUCACCGGCGACCGGAAGAAAUCGGGUAUCAUCCGCAAAUACGGCCUGAACAUGAGCCGACAGGCCUUCCGCGAGCACGCAAAGGAGAUUGGGUUUGUCAAGUACCGUUAA